CUGUUAUAAAAUUUUGUAAAGGAGUAAUUUUUAUCCUUUACUGAUGUGCGCUAAUGAGGCUCCAGUGAUGUGCACUGAUAGGCGGCACUGAUGAGGAAGCAUUGGUAGGUGGCACUGAUGGGCAUUGACAGGCAUCACUGGUGGGCACAGAUAGGUGGCACUGAUAGGCAGCUCAGAUGGGCACUGACAUGUGGCAUUGAUGAACAAUGACAG